CGGGUCGCCGCGGUUAUAAGCCGCGACGCGCCCCACUCGCCCGACGACCGCGGCCGCAGAGACCUCGCGACCAUGCUGCUGCUGGUACUACUGGUCGCCGCGCCGCUGACAGGGGCGCGGGGCGAGGAGCGCGCCAUCCCUCGGGAGUGCAGCCAGAAGCUGCACACGCUGUACGAGGAGCUGGGCUGCACGGCCGUGUACGGCGCCGGCCCGUGCCCCGUCAAGUACGACUGCCCAAAUCUUCAGUCGCGCAGCAAUAACAAAUGUCACGUCGGUGGUGAACAGUACGAGCCAGGUGCGAGCAUCGGAGACUACUAUAGAGCCUGCAGUGCAGCUUGCGUCUGUCGGGACUACGGGGAAAGUGCAAAGAUUAUGUGUGCACAAAUUGAAUGUCCGGAGCUGUUCAAUCCUGAGUACAGACCACCCAACUGCAUCCCUCAGUACACCCACGAUGCCUGCUGCUCCGAGAGCCAGUUCUGCCCGAAUGCAACAAAAAACACCACAGACAUAACAUGUGAGCACAAGGGGAAAAUUCUGAUGCAAGGUCAGAAAUACUACCCAGAUGAAGAACCCUGCAAAGUGUGUGUCUGCCAAGAAGGCUAUGAUGGUACACUGAAUGAACCUUGGUGCAAGAGGAUUUACUGUGGUAUUGAACUGCGUCACGACGAAGAUAUAAGGAGUGGAUGUAUACCUGUUUAUUACGGAGGAUGUUGCCCUGUCACGUACCGCUGCCCGGAAGAAGGAGAUCGUCUGCGGCAGUUGCCCGAUGAUGAAGCACAGAAACGCACAAGUGCGGACAAGUGCGUUUACGGGUCCCUGGAGAUGAACGUCGGAGACAUGCUUGACCUGGGCGCUGACAACUGCACAGUGUGCACCUGUGAAACUCCGCCUCUUGCCACGUGCAACUACAAAUGCACCCGAUAAUUUUUUUUAUGGCAGGAAUUUGUGUUAACAUUAACACGCAUACUUACAUAAAUCACUAACAGAAACUUUUUUUUGCAGCAACUCUCUUGAUGCAGCAAAUCAGGUUUCUUUGCCGUUUGUUUAUUUCUGUUUCCAAAACUAAUGUCCUGCUAUAUUUAACUAACUGAAAAAAAUUCAUGUACACAUAGUAUACACCUUAAUACUAAUACAACUACUUUGUUUGCUAGCAAAGCAUAGACUAAAAUGAUCAAAUGGAUAAAUUAAACUUUUACAUAAUAAAACAUUUGUAAUAAAGAGCUAACAUUAAAAACUUAACAAACA